AUGGGUUUCGGAGCUCCAGGCACCGGUGUCACUCCCACCAAGCCCACCCCUCCCGAGCGUGGUAGUUUCCCCCUUGACCAUGAAGGCGAAUGCAAACACCUCAUCGCUGGUUACCUGAAAUGUAUCAAGUCCCAGCGUGGCGUCAACGACGAAGAGUGCCGGAAACUGGCAAAGGGCUAUCUGGCUUGCCGGAUGGAUAAGUACGUGCAAUCUCGGCUGAACUUUGGGAACCUGAUGGCACCGGACGACUUUAAGAAUCUGGGACUUAUUUUCGACAAGGAAGACAAGACUGCGAAUGAGAAGUCGUGA